AGAAAGCAUUCUGCCAGCCCGGCUCCUACCAAUCGCAAAUCACUUCCUAACCUCCGCCUUUUUAACAUAUUUGAUCACUUUGAUUCUCCACUCCUUUUCCGAGUCUUUUCCGCGCACGGAGGAGCUUUGUAGGUUGUGAUCUUUGUGUUUUUAUUUUUUGUUUUUGGCUUUUUGGGAGACGAGUUGUCUUCGUAUUUCAGCCUCUCAAACAUUGGCUUGAGCGGCGCUGCUGGCGCUACCUCACAGGAAGAAAAGGAAGAAGACGCACAUUUUUACGCAGUUGGUGAUUUUCUUGGAGACUUGAGUUGGAACUUGAUAGUAGCGCUCCCAUUUGUUUUAUGGUGCUCGAGGCGCGCGCUCCUGCUCAUCCUGUGAAGUGUCCAUGCUGUACCCGGGCGCCUGUCUCAGCUCUGAGCGAACCUUCGCACUGAUGGGUGGAUGGCUCACUGCACGCGCCCCUGGACUUGGCCUUUAAGCGCAGGGCAGCGGCUCGGCUCGCCAUCGCAUCACUUUUGAAAGCCUGCUUCGCUGCGCCUCCAACAGCCACAAGCCGUCAGUUUUCGGAGUGGAUCCAUCGUAGGCUUGGACUGACAUUUGGUGCGAAUCCCAGUUUAUCGCGUUUCCCUGAGACACCCUCCACCGCAACAGCAAAACGGCAGACAAAAAGUUUCUUUCCGUUGACUGAUAGAUAUGGCAAUGGUAGUGUGGAGAGGCUCCCAGGACGAUGUGGCUGACACCCAAGGCGCCCUUUCCUCGCAGACUCAAGGCGGACUAUCCCUACCCACACCCGGGGCAGGCCAGCUGAGCCUGACCGCCUCUCAGGUCGCCCCUCCGACCCCGCAGACUCCAGUGCAGGGGCCGAACUCGCAGUCCACGCCGUCGAACCAGUCCUCGCAGCAGUCGGACAAGCAGCCGCAGCACAUCGAGUGCGUGGUGUGCGGGGACAAAUCCAGCGGGAAGCACUAUGGCCAGUUCACGUGCGAGGGCUGCAAAAGCUUCUUCAAACGGAGCGUACGACGGAACCUCACCUACACAUGCCGUGCCAACAGGAAUUGUCCAAUCGACCAACACCACCGCAAUCAGUGUCAGUACUGCCGCCUCAAAAAAUGCCUUAAAGUCGGCAUGAGACGGGAAGUUUCUCUUUUUACUGCAGCCGUGCAAAGGGGACGGGUGCCACCCACGCAGCCCCACCACGGCCAGUUCGCCCUGACCAACGGGGACCCGCUGCACUGCCAUUCCUACCUAUCCGGAUAUAUCUCCCUUCUGCUGCGCGCGGAGCCCUACCCAACGUCCCGCUACGGCAGCCAGUGCAUGCAGCCCAACAACAUCAUGGGCAUCGAGAACAUUUGCGAACUGGCGGCGCGGAUGCUGUUCAGCGCCGUGGAGUGGGCCCGGAAUAUCCCGUUCUUCCCGGACCUGCAGAUCACAGACCAGGUGGCGCUGCUGAGGCUGACGUGGAGCGAGUUAUUUGUGCUGAACGCGGCACAGUGCUCCAUGCCGCUGCACGUGGCCCCCCUGCUGGCGGCGGCCGGCCUCCACGCCUCGCCCAUGUCUGCGGACAGAGUGGUGGCCUUUAUGGAUCACAUACGCAUCUUCCAGGAGCAGGUGGAGAAGCUCAAAGCGCUACACGUGGACUCCGCGGAGUACAGCUGCCUAAAAGCGAUCGUCCUCUUCACUACAGAUGCUUGUGGCCUCUCAGAUGUGGCCCACGUGGAAAGCUUGCAAGAGAAGUCCCAGUGCGCCCUGGAGGAGUACGUUCGGAGCCAGUACCCCAACCAGCCCACUCGCUUCGGGAAACUCUUACUUCGCCUGCCCUCCCUCCGCACGGUCUCUUCCUCCGUCAUAGAACAGUUGUUUUUCGUCCGAUUGGUAGGUAAAACCCCCAUUGAAACUCUCAUCAGGGAUAUGCUGCUAUCCGGGAGUAGUUUUAACUGGCCUUACAUGUCCAUUCAGUAAGAAGAGACCAAGGGACAAAAAACGGUGGCGCGGAGGGGAGGGGAGGGGGGGCACGAUUCUAGCUGCUUUGUGGAAGGAAUUAAAAAAAAGCAAACCGACUGUUUUCUCUCAAUGAAGAAAGACACUAAACGACUGUGAAUUCCCGUCCCCUCCCCUGCUAUCCCCCCAAAAACUGAACUUUUGAAAAAUGGCGAGCCCCAAAUGUUGAAGUGGUCGCACCUCCUUUUUUUAAUGCAAGAAGAAAACGGGAUUUUUUUUUUUUUUUUUUCGUCCUUAUGAGGAAAAUUGAAGUAUUAAUAAGUGCAUUUAAAAUAAUUGGACUAAAAAUGGGAAAAAAAUAGCGAAAGGGAUUAAUAUGGCGUUUUCUCAGAUGACUUCUUGUCCUGUGUUCAUGUAUAGCUGUGUUUUGUACUUUCUUUGUCGCUCCUCCCUGGUUCCAAUCCGUGAUUUCUGUAGUACAUAUGGUGUUAUUUUGAACAAGGUGGAAAUAAUGUUUGAAAAUGUUCUAAAAAGAAUUAAAAACCCACAGCAAUAGGACUUGUUUUUAGGUUUAGAUGCUCAAGGCUGCAAUGCGCACUUACGUUCAACACAUGACCCAACGUAGAUUCAUUUCUAUCAACACAUUACAGGGUUUAGCUGCAUUUUGAAUUUUAUUCAGAAUAAUUUGCUAAGUUAGUCUUCCCUUUUCAAAAUAUUGCAAAUUGGUUUAUCAACAAAAAUGCGCUACAAGUUGUUGGUAACGCGUGCGUAAUGCGUAAACGUAGGAGAUGCACGUCAAAAUGCACUGACUUUACAUUCUGGAUCAAACAUAACAGUGGUAAUAAUAUUGAUAGGGCAUAAGGAGAGGUCAAAGGGUCACGGGAGUUGGAGUCUGAGUAGUGUGUAAUGGCAGUAUUAACCCGGUAUUGUCCCGGAACAGUCAGCCUUCAUUCUCCUGCAGCAUAAGUGCCUGGCGGAGUGAUUUACCCAAACCUCGGGAAAGUGGGCCGGAACAUUUAGGGGCAAAUUGAAACUUCAAGUGGCGUAUUUCACUUGGAACAACUCAGAUUUCGAGGCAGUAUUUCUUGUAAAUAUAGGUCAAUUCAUUUCGGUUUUUCAUUUCUACAAAAGUAUAUGUGAUUAAGAAGAAUUCUGUGGUUGCCAUUUUGUUUCUCUCGGUCUUCAAAUUGAGUGGCAGACUUAGCUAGUAGCACUGAAACUUCUGUUUGUAAUGUAUAUACAUAAUACGACAAAUGUUUUCUUUUUCAUGUAUAUCAGACUGUGAACGCAUGGCCCUAUUUUACCUUUGAUAUAUAAAUGUAAAUGUUUUCCUUCUCUUUUUUGGGACUGUAUAGAUAUAAUCUGUGCAUUCAGUACACUAGCCCAUGUAUUUAAGCAACAAAAAGAAGCAGGCGAUGUUCAUUGUUCGCUCAGACGUAAACAGGGUGAGCAGGUUUGGAUGAAGGAGUUUAGUGUCAUUGCUCCUUUGGUCUGGGACAGGUGCCGUGGUCGCGUGCAUGUGUGCGUGCGUGUGUGCGUGAGCGUGUUGCGUGGAUGUGCGCGUGAGUGUGUGCGCUUUUGUCCUUGUUUGGGGCUUUUCCUCCCCGUGCACACGCAGAGACCCCCGUGUGUCGGACUCAAACGACUGAACAGUGGACCACAGAAUGAACCAUGAUUGUAAUUAUGAACAGUUUCAACUGACCCACCUUUUUAUAUAAAUAUAUAAAAUAUAUGACUGCAGGGUAUUGAUAACGUAUAGAUACUUUUUUUAUUGAUUAUUAUUAUUAUUAAUAUUAUUAUUAUUAUUAAUUGCAAGUGAUAUAUGUG